CAAAGGGGGCGGCGGUGAGAGAGCAAACGGGGAGAGCGAGAGCGCGCGGCGCGCACGACCGCUCCCAGGGCACUGCGGCGUCUCUGGCAGCGGUGGGCUGCCGGGUGUGACCCGGGGAGCGACACUUCGCCGAGACGGUGCCCGCGCGCGUGGGAGACCUCGGCUCUCCUCACCUCGAGGGUCCGAUCUGGGGCGUUCCUGCUCCCCUUAGAGCGCCCGCUAUCAGUGUGCCCUGCAAAGGCUGAGACAGAAAGGGUGAAGAAGGAAAAGAGAAAAGCAACUGAGGCCGAAGGAGAAGGAACUGGCGUGGCCCUCCAGAGCCAAUUAAGAGAAUCGGGCCGCGGACGUCCGGCGGGAACGCGGUGGUGCGGGGCAAGGAGCAGCCGGAGCGGUGCGGUCUGUGGGGCUGGGUCUUCUUGCACCUCGGGUCACGCCUCCUUGGCGAGAAGGCGUCUCGCCUUUGACUGCUUCCAGUUCCUGCAGAACUUCCUGCCCUGGUGGAGAAGCGGGUCUUGCUUGGGUCGCUCUCGCUCCGGGUCUGAGGCGUGAGACUGAAUUCACACGGUGCUGGGCCCCCGAAGCCAAGUGGGGUUGGGGGAACAGAGCCUUCGAGCCCCCGCACCCCGAGUAGGGGCGCGGUGUUGGGGUCCUCCUUCCCCUUGCACCCGCACCCCUCCGGGCUUUGCGCCUCCCCGGGGACCCCUCUCCGGGAAAUGGCCGCGUUGAUGCGGGGCAAGGACUCGUCCCGCUGUCUGCUCCUACUGGCCGCGGUGCUGAUGGUGGAGAGCUCACAGCUCGGCAGCUCGCGGGCCAAACUCAACUCCAUCAAGUCCUCUCUGGGCGGGGAGACGCCUGCCCAGGCCGCCAAUCGAUCAGCGGGCACAUACCAAGGACUGGCUUUCGGCGGCAGUAAGAAGGGCAAAAACCUGGGGCAGGCCUACCCUUGCAGCAGUGAUAAGGAGUGUGAAGUUGGGAGGUAUUGCCAUAGCCCCCACCAGGGCUCAUCGGCCUGCACGGUGUGCCGGAGGAAAAAGAAGCGCUGCCACAGAGACGGCAUGUGCUGUCCGGGUACCCGCUGCAAUAAUGGCAUCUGCAUCCCUGUCACUGAGAGCAUCUUAACCCCUCACAUCCCAGCUCUGGAUGGCACUCGGCACAGAGAUCGAAACCAUGGUCAUUACUCAAACCACGACUUGGGAUGGCAGAAUCUAGGAAGACCACACACUAAGAUGUCACAUAUAAAAGGGCAUGAAGGAGACCCCUGCCUGCGGUCAGCAGACUGCAUCGAAGGGUUUUGCUGCGCUCGCCACUUCUGGACCAAAAUCUGCAAGCCAGUGCUGCAUCAGGGGGAAGUCUGUACCAAACAGCGCAAGAAGGGCUCUCACGGGCUGGAAAUUUUCCAGCGGUGUGACUGUGCGAAGGGCCUGUCGUGUAAAGUGUGGAAAGAUGCCACCUAUUCCUCCAAAGCCAGACUCCACGUGUGUCAGAAAAUAUGAUCUCCUCUGAGGAAGCCCAUCACUAGCAGACUGUGCAUUUGUGUAUUUAAUGCAUUAUGGUAUGGUGGAAAAGACGUUUUGGAGCUCAGAAGAUGGCUAAAUAAGGAAUGUUGUAAGCAUGUAAGAGAUCACAGAGAGGGAAAAAGGAAAAGAGAAUAAGCAGAUUAGCAAGGUAACAAAUGUAGUACAACCGAUGCGUUUCCAUGAUGCAGCUUGUUUAUGUAAAUAACGUACACAUUUGUGAAAAUGCUAUUACUGAAAAAAAACAACGCACAGUGAAAAUUACUGACGAAUACCAUGUGACUUCCCGAGAGUUUAGGUUGUGCUGGAUGAUCAGUUUCCUUCGGAUUGGCGAUUGCCUGUAGAAAUUACCUGAAAACCAUGGUUCUCAUUCAAGGUUAUAGUUUAACAGAAUAGUCCCGUGGCAUACAACAGGCUCUAACGUAAAAUGAGUUCGUACAUAGGAAAUGAAAGCGUGGCCCCUAAUUAAUUCUCAGCACAGAAUCACUGUUGGGUUUGGAGCACACUACCGCUACGGCUCAAUGAGGGGCCUUGGUAGACAAGAAAAAAAAGCAGUCAGUAUUUUCCAAAUAAGUUCAAAAUAAUGGCAAGUCUUCUAUGAACACUUUUAGGAAAAAAACAAACUUGUUUUGCUUUAAACUGUUUAUUUACAUUUUUUUAAAAUGUAUUUUCACAGUAAUUCCCCAGGACCAGUAUAAGACAAAAACCGUCCAUUCACAUUCUAGAAUGGCAUUGCACCUUUUCUUGAUUGUAUGUGAUUCCUACCUUGAACAUAUUUUAUUUUCCAAACUAUCCCAAUUACUUGUGAAUAGUACAGAGCAGAAUUUCACAGACUGCAAAAAUUUUUAAGGUGUCUGAGAUGCAGCAUCAACGCUAAUAGACUGUUACUUGUUGAAGCUUGGGCAUUCCCCGUGUUCGAUAGAAUUAGAUUGGCAAACACAUUUAUUCUUUGCAGACACAGCAGCACAGUCAGGAGAAGCUGAUCACAGAGACUUGAUCUACAUUUGUGCUGCAUUGAGGGACACAAAGGAAAUGGACAAAACUUUAUCCAGUGCCCAGGUUUUGGCAACACGUCGAUCAUAUGUCUGAAGCACAAACUGACUGUUCCCAUUGGAAGCCCAAGGCAGCACAACCUGAAUGGAAGUUUUCCAUGGGAUUUGCUAUCACAAUAUUUACUGUGCAGAUGAGUUCUGUGUAGGUCACUAGUUGACCUCAAAAUAUUUAUUUUAUAUUUUUGAGGUCCUAAAAUAACAUGAGGAGGUCUCAUGAAAUGGACUCUCGAGGCAGGUGGCAUACAGUAAGGUUCCAUUGUCCUCCAUAAACUCCCAGCUUGCCGACGGCACCGUCUGAAAGUUCUGUACCAAUCUCUCUGCAACAGCUGUUUCUUGCCAAAGAUAUCGUUUCUGUUUUCUGCAGCCAUUGAAAGUAAAAAUAGAAAUGGAAUAACUUGUAAAAUCUACAUAUUGCUAACCUAUAGAAACCACAGUUUCCAAAUUCUUUGAAACCAUUUUAUUACUUUUUUUUACUGUACUCGUUCUCAAUAUUUAUGUCUAGAGCAUAAAGCAAAAAAGUUAUCUUAUAGUUGUUACUUUUGACCUUUUCUUUUAUAGACUGCAAGUCACUCCUUAAUUUUCUUUUCCUUAAACCCCUUCUGCAGUUUCAAAUUCAAGUUUUCCCAGUAGAAAUUGAAUCUGAGCCUGCACGUCUAUUAAGAAUCUCAGCUUCCCAUACACUUUACUAGGGUGAUUAAGAUGUACAUUUUUCCACAUGUCUGCUAAAACAAAAAUUAUAAGCUAAUCUAUCCAAGAACCAAAGUCUGUGCAAACAGGUUUCUAUAAGCUUGGCAACAUGAAAAUGGAACAUUUCAGUCAAACAUUUCCUAUAUAGCAAUCACAUUUACAAUCUGGUUUUUGCAUUAUUUCCCUUAUGUACAUCCCAAAAUUAUUAUUUGAAGUAAUUUAUUUACAGGAAAUGUUAAUGAGAUGUAUUUUCUUAUAGAGAUAUUUCUUACAGAAAGCUUUGUAGCAGAAUAUAUUUGCAGCUAUUGACUUUAUAAUUUAGGGAAAAAUGUAUAAUAAGAUAAAAUAUAUUAAAUUUUUCUCCUUCAAAAAUGGAAUUCAAAUUUCCUUGUGUUUUGCUUGUGAGAAAAACUUUCACAGAAUCAUAGAUUCUCAAAGUUCAAAUGGACGAUCUGAUUUGACACUUGGGGUAGGAAUCCUUUGGAUGACAUCACCAUGAGGUGAUCCAAGGCAGUUUACUAUUACUAAAGGCAGCUUAUUCACGGCAGGACGGAUGUAAUUGUUAGAAAGUUAUUUUUUCAUUAAACUAAAAUAUCCCAGCUUGUGCAUUCUACCCAUUCUUACUUUGUGUUCUGGAACAUCUUGGAACAAGGGCUCUCCACAAAACUUCUUCAAAACACUUGAAGCCACCUAGCCUAUUUCCUAUAAUCUUCUAUCCGAUUAAAAUUUCCCCAAAUAGAGAUGCCACCAUGUUAAGCAUAUUGGUUCAUUCCCCAGUGGCACAAAGCAGCUACAAACCAUCUUUAUCCCUAUAUGGAUACGACUGAGUUACCUGGCCCUGAGUGAACUCAAAGCCACGUCCUGGGAAAGUCUUUCCUCUGCUUCCUAAACACAGAGAUGUCAGGAGUGUUUGAUAAACAGAACUCACCAAUUUUGAGGCGGGGAGUGGUUGUAGAAGCCCAUGUUGUAUUAGAGAUGUUACUGGGGUGGAAAUGUGGACAAUGAACAUUGCAUGACAGUGGAAUGGAUUAAGUGUAGCAAUGGCAGCAUAAUGAAGCUGAAACAGUCCCAUAGCUAGAGGUCAGAGUUGAAGAUACCUCAAGCAUUGCUGAAAUAACUCCCACAUUAUUCUAAUUAGUCACUUAAAGUUAUUCUUAAAUAGUUAUCCAUUUCCUCAAAUUGAGAACAUUUGUAUUUCCUAGCUACAGUGUAUUUUUAGACUAUAACAGUCAUAUGGGUGAUAUUUUUCUUUUCCACCGAGCUCAGGGAGAUGCUCUGAAAACUGACAAAUUGUCUUGACUUCCCUUUUAGCCAAGAAAUACAAUGUCUUAUCACAGCCCUAGGAUUUGAGGGGGGAAGCAAUCAAUUACACUUUUCUCCACGCCCCGAAUUCAGGCCAUUUGAGAAAAAGAGUUAAGAAAGAAAGGCAAAUGACAGAUUACCCUAGGCUGAUAAAGUUAUCGGAGAGUAUGGUGUGUAGUGUAGGCCUGAGGAUACGAGAAAGAGCCAGGUUCCAGAGCAAGAUACUAGAAAGUUGCCAUUCUCAGACAACACCAGACAACAUCAUUUCUAUCUGUGGGAGCUUCCCCUGUAAAAUUUACUGCAUGAAUGGGCAGAACAGAGUGACACACUUUCUUCUGGCAAUUUGUGGCAAAGAAGGGUGGAGAAGGAACAGAAUUAUGCAUUUCUCCUUCAAGAAUCUCAUUUGAAAUUCUACAAAAUUGGAUAAUUCACAGCACAUGAAAGGAAUGAGUGAGGGAUAGAGACAAAGAUUAUUAUACUCUUCACAUUCAACUAAUGU